CCGGCGCGGGCGGGUAAUCCCUAGCGGGCUGUGGGGCCACCAUCCUCUAUCCAACCCAGCCCAAGCUUGUCCUGCGCGGCCGCCCGGCAUGCCCCGUCGGCGCCCAGUCCUAUCGGGGCCAAUCUCUGCCGAGGGACCGGACCUGGACGCCGGGUGUUCAUAAGAAUGGAAGCAGUGUUUCUUUGCCAGAUUCCUUAUUGCUGCGUCUCAUGAACCUACAUAAUCCUGAGGCAGAGCCUAAAUCUAAGGAUGACAAACCUGUCACCACUGUAACAACAACAGAGUGAGGGCAAAAGCGAGUAAAGAUAAAGAAGUGUUUAAAUUGAUAUUCAACAAGGAAGUCAUUUCAGUCCACAACGUCUGCUGCAUAAUUUUUCCAAGAUGAACCGAUACACGACCAUGAGACAGCUGGGGGACGGCACCUACGGGAGUGUGCUGAUGGGCAAGAGUAACGAGUCUGGGGAGCUGGUGGCCAUCAAGAGGAUGAAGAGAAAGUUCUAUUCUUGGGACGAAUGUAUGAACUUGAGAGAAGUGAAGUCUCUGAAGAAACUUAAUCAUGCCAAUGUGAUUAAACUGAAAGAAGUUAUCAGAGAAAAUGACCAUCUUUAUUUUAUAUUUGAAUAUAUGAAAGAAAACCUCUAUCAAUUAAUGAAAGACAGAAACAAAUUGUUCCCUGAGUCAGUCAUCAGAAAUAUUAUGUAUCAGAUAUUGCAAGGGCUGGCGUUUAUCCAUAAACAUGGCUUUUUCCAUAGGGACAUGAAACCAGAAAACUUGCUUUGCAUGGGUCCAGAACUUGUGAAAAUUGCUGAUUUUGGACUUGCAAGAGAAUUAAGGUCACAGCCACCAUAUACUGAUUAUGUAUCUACCAGAUGGUACCGUGCUCCUGAAGUUUUACUAAGAUCUUCAGUGUACAGUUCUCCCAUUGACGUGUGGGCUGUGGGAAGCAUCAUGGCCGAACUCUAUACCCUAAGACCUCUGUUCCCAGGGACAAGUGAAAUUGAUGAAAUCUUCAAAAUCUGCCAAGUUUUAGGGACUCCCAAGAAAAGUGACUGGCCAGAAGGAUACCAGCUUGCAUCCUCUAUGAAUUUCCGCUUUCCUCAGUGUGUUCCUAUAAACUUAAAAACCCUUAUUCCCAAUGCCAGUAAUGAAGCCAUUCAGCUAAUGACUGAAAUGUUGAAUUGGGAUCCAAAGAAACGACCAACAGCAAGCCAGGCAUUGAAACACCCAUAUUUUCAAGUGGGACAGGUGUUAGGCCCUUCCUCACAUCUUCUGGAAUCAAAACAGACUUUAAAUAAGCAGCUGCAGUCAUUAGAAUGCAAGCCAGCUCCUGUUAACCUAGACCCCAAGCCUCUGCCAGAUGUAACCGACCAGACUGUCGGACAGCCCCAGCCAAAGCACAGCCACCUACCACUGCAGUCCAUUCAGCCGCCACAGGACGGGGACCUCCAGCAGCCUCCAAAGCAACAGAGUCAACCGAGACCACCACAAACACUGUUUCCUAGCAUCGUCAAAAACCUGCCAACUAAGCCAAAUGGUCCACUGGCUCAUAAAAGUGCUAGAAGGCGUUGGGGUCAGACUAUCCUCAAGGCUGGAGACUGCUGGGAAGAGUUUGAGGACUGUGAUUUUGGAGCCUCCCAUUCCAAGAAGCCAAGCAUGGGUGUUUUCAAAGAAAAGAGGAAAAAAGAUUCUCCACUUCGGCUCCCAGAGGCAGUACCCUCAGGCUUCCACCACUCCACAGAGGAAAACAAGAGCUUACCUGCUGCAGUUCACCUAAAGUCUGAUUCCCAACUGUCAUCUGCGUCAGUGGCUAAACAGUACUACUUGAAACAAUCAAGAUACCUUCCAGGUGUAAAUCCGAAGAAUGUAUCCUUCGUAGCUAGUGGAAAGAAUAUAAACCCAUAUGCUUGGAAUAAUCAGCUAUUUCCUAAGUCUCUGGGACCCAUUGGCGCUGAAUUUGCUUUCAAAAGGAGUAAUGCAGAAGAAAGCAUAAUUAAACCAAUUGAAAAACUAUCAUGCAAUGAAAGUUUUCCUGAAAAGUUAGAGGAGCCACAAGGAAAUCUUGGGAGUUACAGUACUUACAAUCCUUCCUUUCUCAAAAAAGAAGUGGGGUCGGCUGGCCAGAGGAUCCACUUAGCACCUCUCGGUGCCACAGCCUCAGAAUAUGCUUGGAACACAAAAACUGGCCGGGGGCCAUUUUCAGGACCUACCUACAAUCCUACAGCAAAAAAUCUAAAUAUCUUGAAUCGUGCACAGCCAGUCCCUUCAGUGCACGGGAGGACAGACUGGGUGGCCAAGUACGGAGGCCACCGGUAGGACCUCUGGUGAGAACCCUUAGCAUUGCUCCACAGAGUAUGUGCAAGUCUCUGACCUUGGGAAAUGUCUACAGAUGUCUAUUUCUACUGAGAUCUGGAAGAAAUAUGCAAUAGUGGGUACUUCAAAGAGCAAAAAUCAUCUCCUAUUUUCUUUCCUGGAAAUGAAAUGCAUUUUCUUAGCAUCGUUGCCCACAGUGCUGCUGUGUGGGUAGGACUUUACAAAGUAUUGAAUAAACUAUUUGCCAAAGUAUCAAGUAUUUGAUCUACAAAUUAACAGAUAGUAAGUACAAUAAGAAGCUUCUUUUUAAAAAAUGCCUCCAGAAAAUAAGUGUUUCAAGUGUUGAUUUUCCUUUGUUGUAUAUUGGCCUCGCAAUGUGAUAUUUUAUCACUUUGCAGUGAUUCAGCUGAGAGGUUUUUUAUUUUGUUUUUUCCUGGUGGUGAGGCGGACUGCUGUGAGCUGUCAGUUCUGGGUCUUGCUUGGCUACUGCUCUGCUCUCCCACUUUGGCAAUGGCAGGACUGUAAAAUUUUUUUUUUCUACUUUGACACUAUGAGCUCAAUGACAAUUCCAAUCUUGAGCAGUAUGUUUCCUUGGAAAUAAAUUUCCACUUAACAUAGAAGAUGUCUUCUCCACUAGAUUUUAGUGGAGAAAAAGCCCAUUGUUUGAACUUGACCAACACAAGGGCUGUGAGUUGGUGGCGUGUCUGACCCAGUGGCUUAAUGACUUCACAUUGAACACGUCAAGGUUCUCUUGUCAUUGCAUCAAGAAAGUUUUUGAAAUGUGUUUGAUGCUUGUUCAUUUGACUUGCAGAAUACUUUUUUCCAUGUUCCUACCACAGGCAAAGAUGAAGUGGGCCAGCCGGUCCCCAAAGCAGCAUUUGCCACUGCAGGCCACUGACUCGGCUUUGACCUUCGUGUUCGCUCGACAGAGCAGAUGGAUUCAGUUGCCAUAGCAGUGGUUUCACUUAGUACAGCUUUUUUUCUUAGUUUUAUUCUCAAAUUGGUAUAUAAAACAGACAUUUUGAACUUAGGGGGCUAUUCUAUUUAAACCUGCCACCUUAUGGACUGGACAUUAGUACUGUAUAUUCCUUUUCAAAAAUAAUGUUAUCAGCUGCUGACAUUUUUAUGUAUUUUAUGGCUUUGUAACAAAUGUUAAUGUAACUGGUUUAAUAUUGUGGGCAUUAUCCAAAGGCAUUAUAAAAUAAUGAUAUUUUUGUAUAGAAGAUUCAACUGUUCAGGUUUCAUGCUGAAAUCUAAAGGGCAACAUACCUGUCAGUAAUGGUUAUAUGUAAAGUUUUAAUGUCCCAAAGCUAAUAAAAAUUAUUUUGUUUCUGAAAAACUAAAACUCUGAAUAGAUAUUUAAAUAAA